CAACAGCGACAAAAGGUUCCUGGUUUACCCACGCGGUGCUUUGCUAGCAAACCUAAAAAUUGAAGCUCUUUUGACCAAUCUUGUGUAUAUUACUCUUUGUGUUUUGAACAUAAUUCUGUUUACCUAUCAACUGGUUCAUUUAAACGUAAUUGGCUUGUUAAAUUAGCAAAUGUGUUCCAUUGAUACUGCACUAGGCUAAUCUCCCGGAGCAUAAACUCACUAAUCUAGACGGAGAUAGAAACUGGUGAAAGGAGGCAAAGAAGCUUGAAGAAUGAAUAAGGAGGCGAUCACAUUGAAACAAGAGGAUGAUAUUACAGUGAAAGAGGAAUAUGGGAACGAGGUUGUCAAAGUGGAAAAAGGGGUAGGAGCUUUCAGAAUCAAGAAGGAGGAAGAACCUUUUGAAGUAAAAGAGGAGGAUUUCUCAAUAAAAGAGGAAGACGAGACCGAACAUCCGAUUACCACCAGAGAGAGACAUGACUAUCGUGGAUCCUCUGGGGAACCUCAACAGCCUCAUGAAGCUGAAGAGGCAGAGAAGAGUCUCUCCACAUCAGAACACCAGAUGGACAACGCUGGCCGUUCCGUCCUCCCGGAGUCACAGUGUCGUGCCUCUCCCGGGAUGAAGAGGUUGUCUCUGCUGCUGGUGGACUGCAGGAAAGCAACGGGGCUGAGUGGAACUGUGAGAGGAGGAGGAGGAGAGAAGAACGGUUCAGAUUUGACACAUAAAAAAAUUGAGAGUGACACAGAAGGAAUGGAUGAGGACUCUGUGAGUGAUCUGAGUUUUGAUUCCAGCGCGGAUGAAAUGUUUUUGGAAGAAGAAGAUCCACUUUUCGAUCAUGGCACUGACCCCGACUGGGAGCCCCCAGUGCCAAUUUGUCCAUCCCCCUCUGAAGCUGGUUCAUCCAGCUGUACCCCUGCUGUCUCUGGCUCCACACCUCCCGGGCCAUCUAGAGGUGUGAAGAGGAAGAGGGGAAGUGUGCCAUCCGCUAACAGAGGGACAGAAUGGCGUUGGCACACCGUCCUAGAAGACGAUGUGGAGCCACCCCAACCAACCUUUAGGCCGAAAAGGAAGCCAGGACCUCAGCUAAACAUGACUGCUACGUACAGCCCCCUUCAGCUUUUUCAGCUGUUCUUCACCCAAUCCGUUGUAGAGUCGCUCGUGUCUAACACGAAUAAGAAUGGGAAGAAGAAGCAAGCAGGCAAAACGGCAGCAUGGAAGCCCAUAUCCACGGCAGACUUUUUCUGCUACCUUUCUCUGGUCAUCUACAUGGGGCUGGUGAGGCUGAAAAGCCUGAGGGACUACUGGAAAACGUCAUCUCUGUACCAACUGCCUUUCCCCUCGACUGUUAUGUCCUGCAAAAGGUUUCUGGAUCUCUCCCAGGCGCUUCACAUCAGUGACCCAAAGGUUGAUGAAGAGAAUGAGAAGAAGAGAGGCACAGCGAGGUUUGAUACACUGUGCAAAAUUAAACCUCUCUACCACAGCAUUGUCGAGGCCUGCAAGACGUACUUUCAGCCAGCCCAGAACGUGUCAAUCAAUGAGAGGAUGGUGGCCUCAAAGGACAGCAUUGGCCUCCAGCAGUACGUGAGAAACAAACCAACCAAGUGUGGUCUGAAGCUGUUUGUGUUGGCUGAUUCUGAGUGUGCCUACACGUGCAAUUUCUUGGUCUACGAGGGGAAGAACAGUUUCGCUUACGGUAAGGAACUCAGCUAUGCCUCUGUAAUGGUGUUAUUGGAUUUUCAACUGCUCGGGAAGGGCUACAAACUGUUUGUGAAUAACUUCUACACAAGCCCUGCCCUGUUUGCAGACCUUAGGAAGCGGGGAGUGUGGGCUUGUGGCACCAUUCGUACCACCAGGGAGGGCUUCCCGAAGACGAAGGUGAACGACAUGCCUAAGCGGGCUGAGCGGGGGACCAUGCGAUGGAUCCGUGAAGAUGGCCUGCUGUUUGUGAAGUGGAUGGAUGCCAGAGAGGUGGUGAUGUGCUCCACUAUCCACAAGUCCUUCAGUGAGGAUUAUGUUGUCAGGCGUGUGAAGGACGGUGCCGGGGCGUGGACCACCAAAAAUGUCCCCAUUCCUGCAGCCAUCAAGGACUACAACCAGAGCAGAGGAGGUGUAGACUUGUCAGACGCGCUUAUAGGCUACUAUAAUGUUCUACACAAGACAAUGAAAUGGUACAAGACAUUGUUUUAUCAUUUCAUUGACAUUGCUGUGGUGAAUUCCUUCAUCCUACACAAGGAAAUGGCUAAGAGCUGUGGACAGCCCCCCAUCUCACAGCUAGUCUUCAGGGAGCUGCUCAUCAAGGAGCUUGCUGCCUACAGCAAGUCCACUGCAUCACAUUCUGCCACCUCUGCCGCCUCUACUCCUGCCUCCAGUGGUGUUCAUAUACCACAGUUCAUUACUGCAGGCGUGACUGUACCUCAGAGGCAAAGGGACGGAGCAUGGAGGCGUCGUUGUGUUCUUUGUCACAUGAAGUCCCCCAUCAUCUGCACCAGUUGUUCAGUUUGCCUCUGCUUUGUAGCAGAAAGAGACUGCUAUGGGACAUGGCACAGGCAGAAAAAUAUUCUGUUCUAAUAUUUAAAAAUAUAUAUAUAUAAUUUUUAUUGUGUGUUAGAAUAGAUUUUUGAUAAGUUGUAUAUAGUUAUUUGCACUGUUGUAUAUAGUUAUAGGUCAUUUCACCAAUUCGGCCACUUGGGUACAUUUGGGCAACCUGUGUGGGACACCUGGGUGACUUCAUGCUAAAUGUCAUGUAGCUCACCCAUUCCUGAAGUUUUCAGUCUGAAACUUUGCACACCCACAGUUGCCCUCUUGUGUUAUCCAUCACAAUUAUCUCCAGCAUCCUAUCUGACUGUGUGGCUAUUGCAGUACAUAUGAAAGAUGAUGAU